AAAUAAAGGCGGAGCUAUCCCGUGUUUCUCUCCUCCUCCCUGCCAGACACAAACUCAGACAGAGGGACAACAUGGAUCAGAACACGACUAUCCUGCGAGUCAAGAGAAAAAGGGGCACCGACCCCGCAGAUGCGCUGCUGCUUGCAUGUAAACGCAUUCGACCGGAGACGUCUCAGACCUCGGGUGAGACGGUACCGGAGCCGAAUGAAGCCGAGGUCGAGAAUUCUGUCUUCAAACUCGUGGCGACGGUAGCGACACAGGAUGCUCCGGUUCAGACACAGGUGCGACAGGCUUUGGCUCGGCCCCGCAUGGCCCAUGCUCUGCGGCCCUCUGCUGCCAGUUCACAGCGGAUACUGGGGGACCUUCGGAGCACGAAGUGGAGCACCCGGAGGGAGGAACGCUACAGGAUACUCUCCAGCCUCCGCACAGGGCUGCCCACCCCAGCAGAGCAGCAAGCACCUCUGACAGAAGCUUCAGAGGGCAGAGAGGAUUCUGGGAAAGAGCAGGACAAAUGUCUGGGUCUUGGUGCCAUCCAGGUGGUUGACCUCCUUCAUGAGGAUGAAGAGAACCAGGAUAAAUCUUCUGCCAAGACGCUGUCCUCAGACCCGGAGGUGAUCCUGUGUAACAACACCAAGAUGCUGCGGGAGCGCCUGAACAUCGCCGGAGAUAAAGUGGGGGGGGGGGAGGACGACUACGUGUACGACCUGUACUACCAGGAAACGGUGACGGCAGGGUGGAUCCAGGACAUCCUGUCCGUCAGGGCCUACGCCGACGAGGGAGAACUGGUGCCUGACCAAGUGGUGCAUGAAGAAGAGGUGUAUGAAGAUGAGGAUGAUGAGAACGAGGAAGGCAACUGGAGGAACGACUACCCCGAUGGGGACAGUGAUGCAGACAGCGACCGGGAGGAGCGCUAUGGUGGUUACUGGGAGGAGGAGCACUCGUACAGCCGGAGGAGCUGGGGCCUCUACCAGAGGGAGGUGUUGCAGGAGCUAAAGGGUGAAGAGGAAAACGAGGACGACGAUGGAGACAAAUAUAAUUCCGAUUGAUUUAACCCACACCUGUUUGUGGAUGUUCCCAGCGCCCUCUCCACAAAUAUCACCAAACUCCAAACCUCUGUGUAGCUGAGACUGGAGGGGAAACGCACACUAAAGAAACCAGGAAAUAAGAACCACCCCCCCAUAUUAGCGUGUAGCAAUAAAUGUGUAGCACGAAUCGGGUUUCAAAUCUGUUCAAUUGGCUGGACGCCUCCUCGUAACUUCAGUAAAUUUCAUAUGCAAAUACCAAAAAGACCCAACAAUGGAGUGAUUCAGAAAAUGUCAUCAAUACAUAGAUCUAAAAUAUUUUUCAUGUGAACCCCCCCCCUCUCCUACACAGGGUAGAGCAGUGUGCGUUAUUUCCUGGAGGAUCCAGAGUGUCUUUUUCUUUUUUUAACUGGUGGAGUGAACCUGUGUGUGGGUGUUUGUCCAAUGUGGAUGUGUGUUAAACUGUUGCACAUUAGUGUGAUAUGCCUUGUAUGCUUUGUGCUGUUAACACUCGUGUAAGUGAGACGUUUCGGGGCGCGCGUGGUUGCAGUUUAGGGUGCAGCGUUCUGUGCAUGGUAGUGUGUGUAGGUAUAACUGUGUGUGUGUUAGAUUUUUCUGCAUAAUGUGAAAGCGUGACGCAUAUGUUUUGUUGUGGGUGUGUGAGUUUGGUUCAGAAAUUCCCCCUUGAAGCUCAGAUUGUUCGGAUGCUUGUUGAAUUUAUUUUUUUGUAAAUAUGUAGAUGUGUAUAAAAAGAAAGCUUUCAAAAUAAACUUUAAACAUCUCCGUG